CGUACUGAUCAAUUGUUACAUCAGUUAUUACCUUCAGCUGUUGCUGAACAAUUAAAAUUGGGUAAAGUCGUCAUUGCUGAAGCUUUCGAUGAUGUUACUAUAUAUAUUAGUGAUAUUGUUGGCUUUACACACAUAUGUCAUUCCACUACACCGGUACGAGUAGUUUAUAUGCUAAAUGCUAUUUAUACGCUAUUUGAUCGUAUUGUCGAUCGUUAUCAUGUCUAUAAAACGGAAACUAUUGGCGAUGCGUAUAUGGUAGCCUCUGGUGUUCCGAAGCGAUUAGCAGAGAAAAAGCACGCGGUAGAAAUUGCCCAAAUGGCAAUGGAAAUCUUGACUAAUAUGCGACGAAUUAACAUUCCCCAUGUUCCUGUUGAACAAUUGCAAAUGAGAAUUGGUAUCCAUACUGGAUCGUGCGUUGCUGGUGUAGUUGGGAUUAAAAUGCCGCGCUAUUGCUUAUUCGGUCAGACAGUAUCUGUAGCAACUAGGAUGGAAGCACGAGGAAGUCCUAUGAAGAUAAAUAUUAGUAAAUCAACUUAUGAAGCCUUAUCUAGCUAUGGCGACUAUGAUAUG